AUGGAACCUCAAGGAACAGACCGAUCCCCUUCACCCUCAGGGUCAGAGGAGAUGGAGAGCAAUGCUGAUAGUGACCAUGAAGAUGAAGGUGAGAAUGAGAAGGAUUCAGAUAAUGAGAACCAGGCUGAUGACGACGACGACGAUGAGGACGAGGAUAAGGAAGACUCGGAUGGUGAUGAUAGCGAGAUGGAAACUGGUGACAAUGGGGAUCAUUGUGAAGACUCUGAAUCGCAGAGCAGCAAGAAUGUGGAUUCGCCUUUGAAGCAAAUGGGAAAAAAUAGAGAGCACUUGCAAGAUGGAGAAUCCAACAGUGAUUCAGAGUCUCGUGUCCGCAAGAAGCAGAAUGCAAAGAGCAGAGAUGAGGGUCAUACUCAGGAUGGUGAAUCCUAUAGUGCUGAUUCAGAAUAUUAUCCAAUGGCUGACUUGCCAUUAGAAGUAAUAACUGUUGUGGAGCCCACAAACUAUGCUUAUCCAGUACUGAAAAAUAUGUCUAAUGGUGUGCUGACACACAGGAACAUCUUUACAGAACAUGAGCGUUCUGUACUGAAAGAAAUCAUCAACAAAUAUAGAAACAUAGUGGACACAAGAAGUCGCACUCGUGAAAUUUACCUGGAAAAGCAAAGUGUUUGGCAGCAGAUUGUGGAGGAGUACAACAGCACAGAGAACAUCAUGGUUCGCACUGAGAAGGAGCUUCGCAAAUGCUGGGACAACAUGAAGUAUCGAGCAAAACAAGCAGAAAAAGAGAUGAUAAAGGUGGAGCAAAGCUUUGCUGGAAUGGAACAUGAUCUUCAGAAUCUUGCCCAGCAGGCUUUUGAGGAGGCAGCAAUGCAGGCGAAGGUGCUGCAGAAGGGAGGGAUGACGAAGACAGAAGGUUUAGCACCUGAGUUUGAGGUCAAAAUGGAGCCCCUAGACAAUGAGGAUGGCCAUUCAGCUUCAGCCACUGGCCUCUGUGUUGGCUCCACACCUGUUCAUGCAUCAGAACAGACAGCAGAUGAAGACGAGUAUGAGGUGGACGGAGCCAGCAAUCCUGGAGGAGCUUUGAGUAGUGGUCUACCUGAGGAGGAGAGAGAACCUGCUCUGAAGAAAGCUCGGCAGGAGUCCCCCAAAUUGUCGAGCCUCCUCUUGGCAGCUGCAAAUAAGCGUUCUCCAUCGAAAAAGAGUGGUGGUCACAAGUCUUCCAGUGGUGGAAGCUUCCCAUACAACAUACCUGCCUGCACCAAGGUCAUGCACAUCAAAAAGAAGAACCAUUCCAAUGCUUCAUCUGCUCUUAAUGCAUCAUCGAAUUCAGAAAUUCCAAUUUUACCAAAAGGCUUAGCAUCUUGCCUCUCAAUCACCAAUAUUCCCAACCCCAUUAGCUCUAACAGUCAUUCUGGGCUUAGUUUUGGAACUCAUGGUAAGGAGCUGGGAUCACCAGGAAGCUCACCAAUCCAGCAUUCUAUGAAACCUAUGCCAAGCUUGAAGAAAAUGGUACCUGGCAAGCAUCAGUCAUCAGGCAGUGGGAAAAGUAGCAUGAAGAAAUCCAACUCACUAAGUUCAAAGACCAGAGGUCAUAGUUCAAACAGUUCUCAAAAUGUAAAUUCUGGACAUAAUCUGAAUUUAAAUCAUAGCAGUGUUGUGCAGGGUAACAGCGGCCUAGGAUCUCCAACUAACAGUGUUGAAAAUUAUGCAAGUGAACUGACAGACAGAUUAUUGAAUACAAAACUAGCCACUCAGCGUUUGGAAUUAGAGCGACGAGAGCAUGAAAUCAGAAUGAAACUCCUUGAAAAGGAGCUUCAGGCACAAACGUAUCAGUCCCAGUAUUGGUUCCUGAAGUUGAAAAUGUUGAAAAGUGGACGGGAAAAUGCUUCCUUCAACAUGGCUGGUGCUACUAAUGGUGAUAUUGAUUAA